GGCGGCCAGGGAGCUGAGCAGGGUCCCCGCGCCAGCCCCCGGCCUCCGGAUCCGCAACCGCCGCCCCGCCCCCGAGAGACAUGACUUCCAGGCAGCAUUCCGACUGGAUUCCCUACAGUGUCUUAGAUGAUGAGGGCAGCAACCUGAGGCAGCAGAAGCUUGACCGGCAGCGGGCUCUGCUGGAGCAGAAGCAGAAGAAGAAGCGCCAGGAGCCCCUGAUGGUGCAGGCCAAUGCCGAUGGGCGGCCCCGAAGCCGGCGGGCCCGGCAGUCAGAGGAACAGGCCCCGCUGGUGGAGUCCUACCUCAGCAGCAGUGGCAGCACCAGCUACCAAGUUCAAGAGGCCGACUCACUUGCCAGUGUGCCGCUAGGAGCUGCCCGCCCAACAGCACCAGCCUCAGCCAAGAGAACGAAGCCAGCAGCUGCAGCAGGGGGCCAGGGCGGGGCCUCUAAGAAGGAGAAGAAGGGGAGGCACAAAGGCACCGGCGGGCCAGCAGCUCUGGCAGAAGACAAGUCUGAGGCCGGAGGCCCAGUGCAGAUCCUGACUGUGGGCCAGUCGGACCACGCCCAGGACGCAGGGGAGACGGCAGCUGGUGGGGGCCCACGGCCCAGCGGGCAGGACCUCCGUGCCACGAUGCAGAGGAAGGGCAUCUCCAGCAGCAUGAGCUUUGAUGAAGAAGAGGAUGAUGAGGACGAGAACAGCUCUAGCUCCUCCCAGUUAAACAGCAACACCCGUCCCAGCUCCGCAACUAGCAGGAAGUCCAUCAGGGAGGCAGCAUCAGCCCCCAGCCCAACAGCCCCUGAUCCUGCAGUGGAUGUUGAGGUCCAGGAUCUUGAGGAGUUCGCACUGAGGCCAGCCCCCCAGGGUAUCACCAUCAAGUGCCGCAUCACACGGGACAAGAAGGGGAUGGACCGGGGGAUGUACCCCACCUACUUCCUACACCUGGAUCGCGAGGAUGGGAAGAAGGUGUUCCUCCUGGCGGGAAGGAAGAGAAAGAAGAGUAAAACUUCCAAUUACCUCAUCUCUGUAGACCCAACAGACUUGUCUCGAGGAGGGGACAGCUACAUCGGGAAACUGCGGUCCAACCUCAUGGGCACUAAGUUCACCAUUUAUGACAAUGGAGUCAACCCUCAGAAGGCAUCAUCCUCUACUUUGGAAAGUGGAACUUUGCGUCAGGAGCUGGCAGCUGUGUGCUACGAGACAAACGUCUUAGGUUUUAAGGGCCCACGGAAGAUGAGUGUGAUUGUCCCAGGCAUGAACAUGGUUCACGAGAGAGUCUCUAUCCGACCCCGCAAUGAGCAUGAGACGCUGCUUGCACGCUGGCAGAAUAAGAACACGGAGAGUAUCAUUGAGCUCCAAAACAAGACACCUGUCUGGAAUGACGACACGCAGUCCUACGUACUCAACUUCCACGGGCGUGUUACACAGGCCUCCGUGAAGAACUUCCAGAUCAUCCAUGGCAAUGACCCGGACUACAUCGUGAUGCAGUUUGGCCGUGUUGCAGAGGAUGUGUUCACCAUGGAUUACAACUACCCGCUGUGUGCGCUGCAGGCCUUUGCCAUUGCCCUGUCCAGCUUCGACAGCAAGCUGGCCUGCGAAUAAAGGCCUCCUCAUGCCCUUUGAGGUUGCCCAGCCCGGAGAGGAGCUGCCUGCCUGCCUGCGGAGACAGCCCUGCCUACCCUGUGUACAUAGGCCUCCUGCCAGAUGAACCUUUGGCUCUCAGUGGGCUCCCUGGCCUGGCCAGCCAGGAAUUGGCACCUUUGCCUCCUCUGUUGAGGCAGAGGAGUGGGGUGUGUAUGAAGGGACCAGAGUGAAUUUCUGUGCCCUAAGAUCAACACACACCCCCACUCUUGGUUUAGUAUCCUGCUGCAGUCAUGUUUGCCAAGCUGGGCAGCCUCUUCAGUUGGGAAGGCAGGAUGAAGUGUAGAGGGAGAGAAAGCACAAUUCAGGGCUGCUGUGGCCUAGCCAUCCCUUCAGCCCAGGAGUCAGGUGACAACGGAUCCCCAACAGUGAGGGGCACAGAAAGUGUGUGUAAGGCAUGUCAGCUUCAUAUAGUAAAGGGCUUGGUAGCCGAGCCGGGCCCUUAAAACUGCAGACAGUCCCCCAACUGCAGAAGGCCCCAGCCUAGCAGAGUUAUAGGGGCUGGGGAAGAGUGAGUUGGCAGGACCUUGUCAGGACUGUAGGGGCCUGGCUGCUGGGAAUUGGCUAGUGGCCUAGGGAUCCAGCUCAUUCGAUUUCUCUAGGUUGUCUCUAUGCGCAGAGGCAGCAGGAGGCCAGCCUCAAGGCUAGAUGUCUUAGAGGAUGGGGCCUGUAGGACACAGGCUCAGAAUGGAGGUGUAUGGAACAAGCUCCCUGGAUCAGGGAUAUCCUGGAAACCUUGUCAGCUGCCCCAGGAGCUCUCUGCUGACCAGUCCCCGCAAAACUCACCCCGGACACCAACCCCAGACUACACACAGGUAGGCAUGCUGGGGCCCUUGCUAGUAAGCUGCAGGUGCGCGUGCCUGUGCUUCAGCUCUCACUACGGUUAGCCUAGGUCGUGGUUGCUGAGGGCUUCUCUGUGUAGUUGUUCUUGGAUAGAAAUGGGACAGGGUGAGGAGAGCAGAGAAUAUUUUAGAACGAUAAGAGACCAGAGGAGGCAAGACCCUUAGAGAUCAAUUAGUACAACUCUUGUCACUUUAGGUGAAUCACUCAGAAAAUGGAACGUGUCCUAGGUCACCUGGCAGGUUAGUGGCAGAAUUUGGAACUUCAUCUCACAGGAUUUCUUUAUUCCCACCAUGCCCCAAGAAACUACUCUCUCUGGCUCUCUGGCUUUCCUGGGGCCCAGUCCACGUGCCCUCGCCCUUUUGCCUGAUUCUAGAAACUUAGCAAUGUCAGAUGCCCAGUAAGCCGGCCUAGCAAGGCUACUGCCCAUUUCUGUACUGGGUGUGACAGGUGGGGUGCUCAUGUUCUGGGGCAGGGCCUGUUCUCUCCCUCCACUGCCAUCCUUCUCCUUGGAUGGUCCACUGCCAUCCAUCUACCUUGACGACUUGGGAACUCUCAUCUGCCUUUUUGUCAUUUACCCUGGCAGAGACUACUUGCCCUGAUGGAGAUCAGAAGUCAGUGGUUAGCAAGCAGCUGUUCUUCACUUCAGAGUAGUAGACGUGCUUGGAAAGACUACCUAGAAACUGAUUUCUUAAAAAAUAAAAGUCAUACUUCACACGUUAGUGAGGCUCUGUAGUGAAGUGAGGGAGUUGUUUUGACUUGAGGGAAUAUGCUCUCAUUUCUCCAUAAUCUAGGAUUUCCUGUGUUGAGUGCUUAAAGCAAGGCAUACUUGUUCCAGCAUGGAUCUGCCCACACCUAGGCAUAUGUUUCUGAGAGUCCCCUCCAGUGACCUAGUUUUUGUCAAUGUGGUCUAGUUCUGGACAGCUCUUAACUUAGGGCCAUUUUGAGGGCACCAGAACUUUUUGUGCUGGGGCUGGUUUACUUUCCAGGGAAAUACUGUGGUGCCAUCCUGCUUUCCAUAGUUCCGGUUUGGCUCCUCCUUUUCUGACUUUGAGAAGAGAACUGCUGAUAUCUGGGAUGGUAGGCACUAGAUGAUUCUAAAGUCUGGUCAAGCUGUUUCUCUGGGUCUAUGAUUUUAAGGUAGAACAGGCUGGUUUUUGGAUCCUCAUGAGAGGGGAAAUCCUGGUGACAAGAGUGGAAAAAUCAGAAGCACAAUGGCAAACUCCUGUUCCCUGCUUUCUCCUCUUAUACACAGGAGAGGGGGUUGGCUGAAUAUUUUGGUAGGUCAGGAAUGUGGGCUGAGCUUUCUAAGCCUGGCUGUGGAGAAGGAUAGCUCAGCAACAAAACCCUCUGUUGGGCACUAAGUGACAAGCAAGAGCAGUUAAGUCACCUGCUCGAGACCCAGCCUCACAGGGUUUGUUCUUAUGACCCCAUUUCUGGUGAUGCUGGUUUUCCUUGACCUCUGGCCUCACAGCCAUGGGCCCAAAGACUCAGAGCUGCCCGGGCCCCUGGAGACCACCUGGGCUCAGCCUCUCCCAUAGUAAUUUCUUGCCUUUCGUACCCUUUAUCCUAAUAGUCCUUGGUUAGGCAGGGAAUGAGCAGUCCCUAAGGGUGUUGGGCAGCUGGGCUCUUAGGCAGCUCUUCCGUGACUGCUCUUGGCUCUGUAAUUCCUUCUGGGGCUACAUCCCCAAACCCUACAGCCCUCUGCCCCAAAACAGUUUGGCAGAGUGGUGACAUUCACUUCAGCUCUUUUUUUCUUUCCUUUGGCUCCAAGGUGCUCUGUGUCUGUCUGCGUCUGCGUCUGUGUCUUUGGGGAAAAGGGCAAUCUGCAAAUAAUCAUCUGAGGUUUCUUAUGGUCAUAUUUUUAAGCAUGAAUAGGAAAGGAGUAAGGAUGUAGUGUACCUGUGGCUUUUGUUCAUUCAUUUCAAUAUUCUUUGAUAAGAAAGUAUACCUGGGAAAGUACCAGCUCUUUCUCCCAAGGUUCUGAUUGGGAGGACACCAUCUAAGAAGGUUGUUUGGUUCCCACAUGCAUGCUUUUGGAUGAAUUUGAACAUAUUCUAGUGAAUGUGCCUUAAUCACUACACUAGUUCAGAAGGAGCAUGUAAGGUACAGACUCAUGCCAGGGACAGGUGCUGGAAGCCAGGGAGUGUGACAGAAGGAACCUUUGAAGCCCAUCUCCUUUAGUGACAAUAAGAGCAAGAAAAUUGUAAAAGCGCAAGUUUUUGUUUUGUAAAUGGGGCAUUUACCUCCAAAUUUGUCAUUUAUUUAAAGGCAGUUCUAAAUUUAAUAAGUGAUGAUUUCAAACUAAAAGGUCCAUGCUUUCUUCACAGUGGGGUCUGCAGUGAGGGGAGAUGCUGGGCUGGCCACGUCCGUGGCUCUGUUAUGCAAGCACAAAUUCCAUCUCCUAGACGGAGUCCCUGGGUUUUCCCUUACUGCAGUAACACUGGCCUUCCCCUCUCUGGAAUGCCUCACCCCAGCCAAGAUCUCCCUGUGACCUUAGGCUGCCAGGUGGCCCUCAGCACACCUUUUCAGAUAGCUGAAUGUCUGCCAGCACUGAGUGGGGCCUGACUCCUUGCACUCAGGGCCCAGACUUGGGACUCCACCCUGGGCCCUGGCUUGAACUGUAGCAGCUCCCAGGUACAGGCCAAAGUAUGGGCUGUUGUUUGAGUUUAUUAGUUGGUUAUCUGUCCUUAAUACCUACAGUUUGCAAUGUUUUGUUAUCUCAGGAUACGGGGGAGAGAGAGAGCAGAAGUAUUGGGACAGGUUUGGUUUUUGAAUUUUCCAACCAAAGUGAGAGGCAAGUUGCUCUUACUGAAAGCAUUCCUGUACUUAGUAGCUAUGUGAUUUUGAACAAACCAUGUAAUUUUUCUAGAUCUGUUUUCUCAUCUACAAAAUGAGGUUGGACUGUCAAAGCUUGCACUUGGAGUCAGGGUGAAUGAAAGUUGAUCUUUGCUUUCAUCACUACCUUUUCUAGCUCAUCACUGUGCCUUUUUUUCUUUCCUAAGAAAGAUGUCACACCCAUUUCCUCUUCUGUUCUACUGUCCCUCUCCCCUUUCCUCCAUGAAGGUCCAGGCAGCGCUGGAAGUUAGGCUGAGAUCCAGAGUUUACUAGAGAGUAACUUAAGAGUGGCUCAGAAAGGGAAGCCCAACUCUGGCCUCUUUAAUCCUGUAUUUGGUGACAAAGGGGACUUGGUUAGGGUGGGUGACACUUCUCUUGCUGGGAACAUACAUUUAGCCAGUUUUCAUAAUGCUUAGAAAAUGUGUAUGUCUAUUUGCACAAGACUGUCUUUUCCUAUUUUGGAGUGGUCAGACAUUUUAUUUUUGUUCAAAAUUAUCUGAAGUUUUAGAUGAACUUGCAAAACUGCUUUUAUUAAGUGACUUUUUGAAUAAACUCUUUGGUAUUCUGGAGCAAAUGUAUUUAUUUAUUGCUUUGUGCAAUGACAAAGUUGGUAUUUUCCCAUGUUGACGUUAUGUACGUUGUAGAACUUAAGUGUUUGUCUAAGUACAGACCAUAUAUCAACAAAUAAAACUUGAACUGUUUCAACA